AUGCGCAGCGGCAAGCGCGAAGGGUGGAAGAAGGCGAUGCAAGAGGAGCAUGCGCUGCACACAAAAUGGGUCUACAAGACCAAGACAGAUGCACAGGGCGACCUCGAGCUGCUGAAAGCGCGACUGGUGGUGUGUGGCAACGAACAGGUGCUUGGCGCUGACUACACGCUCACCUCCGCUGCCGUGAUGGACCUAUCGACGGUCAAAGUGAUCUUGGCGCUUGCGGCUACGUGGGGGGUGCCUGCCAAGCACGGUGACAUCCCCAACGCCUACGUUAAAGCGGACAAGGAGCCGCACCUGCGCAUCUAUCUACAGAUGCCGCGCGGCAUGCCAGUCUCGAAGGAGACGCUACGAGCGCAAGGCGUUUCGAACACGAGCAAGCUGGUGCUGGAGCUGCGGAAGAGCCUCUACGGGAUCAAGCAGGCAGGCCGGCUGUGGAGCCAGCUGCUGCACUCGAAGCUCUCUACUGCCGGUUUCACGCGGUGUAAGAGCGACAUAUGUUUUAACUGGAAGCGCGACGGCGACGACCUCGUCGUGGUCGGCGUGUAUGUCGACGAUCUUCUAGCGACAGUGACGAGCGCGGCGGUGGUCGAGCGGUUCUUUGCAAGCCUCGCGUCGUUGUCGAUCAAGGACCUGGGGCGGGUCAGCAAGUUCCUGGGAAUGCGCGUGACGCACAACGGUCAGAAUGGGUACACGCUCGAUCAGGAGGAGGCCAUAAGAGACCUCCUACGCGACAACGGACUCGCUGACGCCAACUCGACGUGGACGCCGAUCGACGACAGCUGCUACGAGUUGGAGGAGGGCGACGCGGAGCUUCUUGGGACGCCAAGCGCGCAAUUAGGACCGACUGUGCGCCAGUUUCAGUCGCUGGUCGGCUCGCUGCUCUGGGUGGCGCGUUGCACGCGCCCUGACAUAGCGUUUGCGGUGCACAAGGUCACGAGACGAGCCCACGCGCCUCGACUAGCAGACUGGAAGUUGGCUAAACGCAUCGCGCGAUACCUCAAGGGUACGGCGGCGCUUAAGAUCACGAUGAUCUCAGAAGACAAUUUAGGUGCGGCGAUGCGACUAGAAGCGUUCAGCGACGCCGACUUUGCCGCCAACAAGACAGACCGGAAGUCAAUGACGGGCGGCAUUGUGAUGCUGAACGGGAUGGCCGUCAGCUGGGGUGCGUGGAAGCAGGGAGGAGUCACCCUGUCGACGAUGGAGGCGGAAUUUGUCGCGGCAAGUGACGUCGCGCGCGAGAUGUAG